CUACUUGCAAUUGUUGCUUCAGUUCUUCAUUUGCGCCUCCGGUUGAAUACCGCCUAAUAUUCUGAACAUUUUGCCAGAAUUUUGCCGCCGCGUGUGCUUUUCCAUUUUACCACCAUAUUUUACCGGAUAUUACAAUACCGCCGAUAUUAUUACAUGUGGCAAAAGUGCUUGCUUCCAAACUUUUUUAGGUUAACCGAUAACUUGGUUUCAUACAAACUGUUCGCCUAUAGGAAAUAACCAUUCCCAGUGGUUGUUUUGUGUGCAUUUUCAAUGGAGUUAUUCUCAACGCGUUUGUUCCGGAGUGCUGUAGAAUCUUCGCUUAAACGAGAGGAACAUAGGAUGGAUUCAGCCACUGAUAAGAAGCUGCUCCUCCGCCCCAUAGAAUUCGGGCCCAGCGUGACCCUUGAUAGAUCACAUCUGAAUAACUUGAAAGAAAAAUACAUCGUAUUCAAAUCCCAUCUCAAACUGACUCCUUCUGAUGGUAACAACAAGAAGCGGGUUGAUCCGUUUGAAACCACAGAGCCCAUACAAAUAGGAGUCAACAAACCGGUUACAGCCGUAGCCGGUCCAACUACGACUGUUGAUACGACUACGACUGAACCAGUAACAGUGGUGAAAGAAGAGCCUCGCGAACUAUUCCCAAUGGAUCAGGUCAUCUUGGGAUGGAAGAAAUUAGCAAAUGACUGGUUAACGGGCUGCGGACUGACCAAUAUGGGAAACUCCUGCUAUUUGAACUCAACUCUGCAGGCACUCUUCCAUGUGCCAUCCAUGGUCAAUUGGCUCAUAUUUGAUAGAGAAGGUUCAUCACUGCACGGUUUACCCGAUUGUGCCUGCCUAAUCUGCGCAAUGCGAAAGACACUGUUGGACUCUCAAUCGCAAAUCGUGCAUUCUAUUAGGCCUCAUUUGAUCUACAGCAGACUGUCCAAGCUGAGUCGAAGCCUCGUUCCUGGACGACAGGAAGAUGCCCACGAAUUUCUGCGCUGUUUAUUAGAAGGCAUGGAAAAGUCCUUCUUGGAACGAUUCAAAGAUAAUGCCACAUUUGACUGUAAACUGAAAGAGACGACACCGUUGAAUCAAAUCUUUGGCGGCUAUUUACGCACUUCAGUCCGAUGUUUAGGAUGUGGCAAUGUUAGUACCACUUUCCAACAUUUCCAAGACUUGCUGCUAGAUAUUCGCAAGGCUCAGUCAGUGGACGACGCCAUGGACCUGUACUUCACUCGCGAAAAACUGGACGAAGAAAGCUACCAUUGUGGAGCCUGCCAUAAGAAGGUGCAAGCCACUAAGCAAUUUCAACUUGAGCGGCCCCCCAACGUCCUGUGCAUCCAGCUAAAGAGAUUUUCGAUGUGCAAUAACAAACUGAUAAAGCACGUUCGCUUCCAGAAAACCUUGGAUAUGACCAAAUUUGUCAGGCAACCACUUCGAACUUCAUUAAAGUAUCGCUUGGUGUCCCUGAUAACUCACUUGGGAAGUACUUUGAGCUGCGGCCACUACACUGCUAUUGGCCAAUCGCCCUCCGGCCACUACUACUGCUUUGAUGAUCACAACGUGAAGCCGAUUUCAAUACAAAAUGUGCUGGAUACCAACCCCUACAUCCUGCUCUAUGAGUUGGAGGCUCCGCCGCUCAUCGAGAAACCGAUCCAGCAGACCGUCAAGAGCAAAGCGUCCAGCACGGUCACCGCAUCGGCCUCAUCCAACACAAAAGUGCCGAAUGGUACCGCAAUCAGACAGUCCAAUGGGCCCAAGAAGUUGACCCAGAUGGUGUUCAAAUCAGCGCCCAGCAUGCCCUUGUUGAUGGGCUUCACCAGUGAUGAAGUCUAUGGGCCAGAGCUGCCUCCUGUAGCCAAUGGAAAGCGCAAGCUCACCAGCUCCACAUCGUCCGGCCGAUCCGAUCAAUCCAGCUCCGGCGAAGAAGAGAUUGCAAAAAAAGAAGCGGACAGUUCAACCGGUGCAAUGGAAAUUUCGGGCGAUGUUUCGCCCAGUUCUGUCUUGUCCACCAGCGUAUCAAGUUUGGACAAAAAUGGUACCUCCAAACGUUUGGUUCCAUAUGAAACUAGCAGUAGUGAAGAGGAACAAUACGAGGCAAACAGGGUCCAUACAAAAGCGACGUUGGUGGGCGAGUGGCAAGUCACUUCUACCACCGACAUUCGGCCUCAGAAUGGCCAAUGGGUGAAGAAGCGAUCUGCUGAAAAUUCGAAACACAACGUCGUUUCUGAACUGUUCAAAAUGUCCACAUCUGGGUACUCAGCGCCCGUUUCCACAUGGGGGGGCAACAGGUCGCAAUUGGAUAAGGAAGUGCAGCAGGAGAGGCGAGAAGAUCGCAAACGCAGUGCUGAUAGUUCAAUUGAUCAGGGGCGGGCCAAGCAUGCCAAAGUGAGUUCCAGUUUCAACAAGGGAAAAACGAAUCCCGGCUACAACCCGAUUCAGGAGUGUCACAACAUGAAGAACUGGAGCAACAGCUCGGGAUCAUCAGGCUACAAUCACUAUCACCACAACAGCAAGCCGUAUUAUCACAACAGGCACAAGCGCAACUUCCAUCAAGGAAACAGAGGCAGUUUCCACAAGAGUUACCGAUACCGGUAAUGUGACCGUUUAUGUGCAUUAUGGUUAAAGCUUCAAACGGCUGUACUGUAAUGUAUCAGCAUCAAUUCGCUCUCGGAUUGAGAGCAAACUGAUUUAGGUAUAAGCAAAAUGUGUAAAUAAAAGAAAUUGUGACAAUGAAGAUUUAUUGUACUGCAAUAAAAUCUUGGGCGGACUGGAUGAACUGACUGACGAUCCCAUAAGAGACACACUAGCUAAAUAUAUUGUAAAUAGUUAUAUUAUAAGCUUCGCGUUCUGUUUAUGAGGUCUUUAAGUUAAAGGUCAACGUGCAAAGCGUUUUGUAUUUGACGGUGAGUGUCCUGAUUUUUAUAUAUCUGUCCAAUUGCAUUGACCAAAUUUUCUAGUCUUUACACUUUGAUUUUGUUCAGAACUCUGGCUGUUUCAAAUCGGUUAUGACUGAUAAUUGCUUUCUGUUUUUUUCGCACCACUGUGAUACUCUGUAUAUUGUUUGUGGAAAAUAAGACCUAUUAUUUCUACAUAUUUACCCAACAAUUUGUUCAAGUUCCACACUAAUUUACUCAGGGUUUAUUUAUUGUAAAACACCCAAAAAGUUUCUGUUUUGUACGACACGAAUUUACUUCGCCUUGCAAAUAAUAUACAGCGUGUCCCAGCGAAAAUUAUGUUUCUCCGUCUUCUAAAUGUUCCUUUAUCAUAGUACUCAAUUCGAAAUGAUUAUGAAAUUGAUUUGAAACAGCCUGUAGACAGGGUGGCCCAAACUUGCAUGCCAUCACAAUAGAAUAUUGUGUCAGGAUGGUAUGGACGUUGUUUUUAUAUUUUGCUACUAUACGUUUUAGAAGCUGUAAGUUUGUGCCACGCGGUGUAUUUUACAUGUACGUAAUAAAACUGAUUUUGUAAAA